CCGCCCGCCACUCUCCGGAGCCGCCCGCCCGCCCCCUUCCCGCGUCCUCGCUCGCUCCCUGCGCAGCGGAAACAUGGCGGCGGGAAGGGAGUGAGCCGCCCCGUGCCCCGCGCCGCCGCGCCCGCAGAUGGAGAAAAUAACAUACAGAGAAAUUGGCUUGUCAGAAGUCAGAGCAAGAUAUUGGCGGAUCCAGGGAUAAAUCCCAAACGUCAUAACUCCUUAAGCAGUCUUUAGUUCAUUGAUUAUGCAGCCUAGUGUAAUAAACUGGAAUGAAGUUAGAAAAUACAAAUAUGGUCACCUAUCAGAGUCUGCAUCCCAAUAUCAAGAAACUGGUGACAUCCUGGAGCUAGGUCAUUUUACCUGGGACAAAUACCUAAAAGAAACAUGUUCAGUCCCAGCGCCUGUCCAUUGCUUCAAGCAGUCCUACACACCUCCAAGCAACGAGUUCAAGAUCAGCAUGAAAUUGGAAGCACAGGACCCCAGGAACACCACAUCCACAUGUAUUGCCACAGUAGUUGGACUGACAGGUGCCCGCCUCCGCCUGCGCCUUGAUGGUAGUGACAACAAGAAUGACUUCUGGCGGCUGGUUGACUCAGCUGAAAUCCAGCCUGUUGGGAACUGUGAGAAGAAUGGGGGUAUGCUACAGCCACCUCUGGGAUUUCGGCUGAAUGCCUCCUCUUGGCCCAUGUUCCUUUUGAAGACGCUAAAUGGAGCAGAGAUGGCUCCCAUCAGGAUUUUCCACAAGGAGCCACCAUCACCUUCCCACAACUUCUUCAAAAUGGGAAUGAAGCUGGAAGCUGUAGACAGGAAGAAUCCUCAUUUCAUUUGUCCAGCCACUAUAGGGGAGGUUCGGGGCUCAGAGGUGCUUGUCACUUUUGAUGGGUGGCGAGGAGCCUUUGAUUACUGGUGCCGCUUCGACUCCCGGGACAUCUUUCCUGUGGGCUGGUGUUCUUUGACUGGAGACAACCUACAGCCUCCUGGCACCAAAGUUGUGAUUCCAAAGAAUCCCUUCCCUGCGUCUGAUGUGAACACUGAGAAGCCCAGCAUCCACAGCAGCACCAAAACUGUCUUGGAGCAUCAACCAGGGCAGAGGGGGCGUAAACCAGGAAAGAAGCGGGGUCGAACACCCAAGACCCUUAUUUCCCAUCCCAUCUCUACCCCAUCCAAGUCAGCUGAAUCUUUGAAAUUCCCAAAGAAGAGGGGUCCCAAACCUGGCAGUAAGAGGAAACCUCGGACUUUGCUGAGCCCACCACCCACCUCACCAACAACCAGCACCCCUGAACCGGAUACCAGCACUGUUCCCCAAGAUGCUGCCACCAUCCCCAGCUCAGCCAUGCAGGCCCCCACAGUUUGUAUCUACUUGAACAAGAAUGGCAGCCCAGGCCCUCACUUAGAUAAGAAGAAGAUCCAACAGCUCCCUGACCAUUUUGGGCCAGCCCGUGCCUCUGUGGUAUUGCAGCAGGCUGUCCAGGCAUGCAUCGACUGUGCUUAUCACCAGAAAACUGUCUUCAGCUUCCUCAAACAGGGCCAUGGUGGUGAGGUCAUCUCAGCCGUGUUUGACCGAGAACAGCACACCCUCAACCUCCCAGCAGUCAACAGCAUCACCUAUGUCCUCCGCUUCCUGGAGAAGCUCUGCCACAACCUUCAUAGUGACAAUCUGUUUGGCAACCAGCCCUUUACACAGACUCACUUAUCACUCACUGCCACAGAGUACAGCCACAGCCACGACAGGUACCUACCAGUUGCCAUCCUGAUCUCCAGAGUUAGUGAUAAAGUGGUUCUUCUGCCCAAAUCCCAAGACUCACCGAGAUUAAAGCCAAGUGAAACCUUUGUCUUGGGGAAUAGUCUGGCCCGGUCCUUAGCACCACACACAGACUCAAUGGACUCUACGUUGAAUCCUACCAACCUUGUCAGUACCUCCCAGAAUCUUCGAACUUCUGGGUACCGGCCCUUGCUUCCUUCCUGCGGCCUCCCACAGAGCACUGCCUCAGCCGUACGCAGGCUAUGCUCCAGGGGAGUGUUAAAAGGAUCAAAUGAAAGAAGGGGUAUGGAAUCAUUUUGGAAACUAAAUCAUUCCCCAGGGUCUGACCGAUACCUGGAAAGCCGGGAAGCCUCUCGACUGAGUAGCCGGGACCCCUCCUCAUGGACAGUCGAGGACGUGAUGCAGUUUGUCCGGGAAGCUGAUCCUCAGCUUGGACCCCAUGCUGACCUCUUUCGAAAACAUGAGAUCGAUGGCAAGGCCCUGCUUCUGCUGCGCAGUGACAUGAUGAUGAAGUACAUGGGUCUAAAGCUGGGGCCUGCACUCAAGCUCUCCUUCCACAUUGACCGGCUGAAGCAGGGCAAGUUCUGAACAGGAGGCACAGCCUAGACAAUGGAGUGGUCGGGCAGAUGGGGCAUUCUUCUCCUUGGAAGAAGGCUACCAGCCUGCUCCUAGGCACCUCACUGGAGCUCAGGCCACUCCAGGACUCCAGGAGGCUAUGUGGAGCCACCACUGCUACCCCCACCCCUCUUGCCAUGAUGAGUCCUUCCAUGAAGGACCAAGGAGGGGCAAGUAUGGGCCUGGGGCUGGCGCUGCUCUUCCCCUCAGCCCUGCCAUGGCUCUGAGGUCCCCUCUAUUUAUUUUUUAAGCCAGCUAUCCUCUCACCAGGAAUUUAGACUGAGCACCGUCCAAGUGGCAGAGGAAGAGCCCUUGGACCCCCCUACCCUGCCGCUCUCCUCCCGGGUUUGGUGUGGCAUCCCACUGCCCCACAGUGCCUGCCUUCCCACCAGAUCCCAGACUCCACAAACUCAUGGUGCAAACCUUUACCUUUUUUAAAAAAGAUCUUUUCUUAUUGCUAAUUUAUUGUUUCUGGACUUGGGCAGACACUCUGGGUAAUACUUCUCUUGCACCAGACACUGGGUUUUGAGAGUAGGGAUACUACCCUGCCCUGGUCCCAGAGAGGCCCCCAAUGGGUGUAGCCCCUUUUCAGAGGACACUGCCUAGGGUGCUUCUUUUUGGAAUGGACAGACCCACGUGCUCCCAUGGGGAGGAGAGGGUCAUACUGUCUGUCUCUCUCUGCCCCCAGUGGGCCAUUUGUAGCCCCAGCCCUCCUGCGGGAUGGGAGCUCUCCCACAUGGUCUCCACCACAGUUCCUUACCCUCACCAGAACUGCUGCAGAAGAUUGGGUCUAAUGAUUAUAGGCCAAAAAGGCCCUGUGGUUGGGGGAGGGUCUCUAGGCUGGAAUGUUUGCCUCCUCGCUGUCCUGUGCUUCCUUGUAAGCAAGUCAGCAGCUCAGCUGCUCCUGCUGCCAUCUGGACUUAUUUUAUGUCAAUUUGUUUAUAAAUAAAA